AGGAGUGAAUUACGCAGUUAAAUUGUAUCUCGUGUGUUGGAACUCUGUCCGUAGGCAGCUGUGCAUGGUUAUAACUUCGGAUUUUGCUAUGUUAUUUGAUGUUCACUUGCGGGUUUCGUAAUAUGCGGUUUGAGUGAAGAUCUAAAAAGAAAGAGCAUCAUGCAACAACCGUUUGUUCCCGGAGUUGCCGUGGAGCCCACGUCAAGGGUCGAAAUUACCCUCAGUGCCAAGAAUUUAGCCAACAAGGAUUACUUUUCGAAAUCCGAUCCGUUUAUCGUGACUUACGAAUCAGAACCAGGAGUGUUCAAUUGGAGAGAAUGUCACCGAACGGAAGUUAUCAGAGACAACCUCAAUCCGCAGUUCGUCAGAAAAUUGGUGAUGAACUACAGAUUCGAGGCGCAACAAAAACUCCGCUUUGAGAAUUCCUUGAAUUCUUCUCUGAAGAACCCGAAGAUCUUGCCGCCGAUCGCAGGAUUACCGACGGAGAAGCGGAGCGCAGAAAUGGCAUUGUUGUCGCAAGAAGUUUUGGCCGAGAUCCCUGCCCAGUUCCUGGGUUACAUGGAGAGCCAGGGCAUCAGGCCGAACCCACCCAAGACGGGGAUCUUGAAUAUCCCUCAGGAUCCCGAGGUACUGGUCGGAGAUUUUGAGCAGUGA